UAUUAUUAUACAUACAACUUAAAACUUAAAUUCAGAAAUAGAACCGCAAGUAUUUGAGUGGUAUUUUUUGUCUACUUCCUUUUUUCUCAGUUUCUGAUUUCUCUGGUGAAGCAAAGAGGUAGAAGAAAAAGAGAGAUCCAAAGAUGGCACCAGAACCAGAAGACGAGAUCAAGGACGAGAAAAACCCACGACCUCUCGACGAAGAUGAUAUCGCCCUUCUCAAAACCUAUGGAUUAGGGCCUUAUUCAACCAGCAUAAAGAAAGUUGAAAAGGAGAUCAAGGAGAUGGCAAAGAAAGUAAACGAUUUAUGUGGCAUCAAGGAGUCAGACACUGGGUUAGCUGCACCCAGCCAGUGGGACCUUGUCUCUGACAAGCAAAUGAUGCAGGAGGAGCAACCACUUCAGGUGGCGAGAUGCACAAAGAUAAUUAAUCCAAACACAGAAGAUGCCAAGUAUGUUAUCAAUGUUAAGCAAAUUGCCAAGUUUGUUGUUGGGCUGGGCGACAAAGUUUCCCCCACUGAUAUAGAAGAAGGCAUGCGUGUUGGGGUUGAUCGCAAUAAAUAUCAGAUACAGAUUCCCUUGCCUCCUAAAAUUGACCCAAGUGUGACCAUGAUGACAGUGGAAGAGAAACCAGAUGUGACAUAUAAUGAUGUUGGUGGAUGUAAGGAACAGAUUGAAAAGAUGCGAGAAGUUGUUGAAUUACCCAUGCUUCAUCCAGAGAAAUUUGUGAAGCUUGGAAUCGAUCCUCCUAAGGGUGUUCUUUGCUAUGGUCCUCCUGGAACUGGCAAGACACUUCUUGCUAGAGCUGUUGCAAACAGAACUGAUGCUUGCUUCAUUCGUGUUAUUGGAAGUGAGCUGGUUCAGAAGUAUGUUGGUGAAGGAGCUAGAAUGGUUCGAGAGUUGUUUCAGAUGGCACGUUCAAAGAAAGCGUGCAUUGUGUUCUUUGAUGAAGUUGAUGCCAUCGGGGGUGCACGCUUUGAUGAUGGUGUGGGGGGAGACAAUGAGGUUCAGCGUACUAUGCUUGAGAUUGUGAACCAGCUUGAUGGCUUUGAUGCUCGUGGAAACAUCAAAGUCCUGAUGGCAACAAACAGGCCAGACACACUAGAUCCUGCAUUAUUACGUCCUGGACGUUUGGAUCGCAAGGUCGAGUUUGGUCUUCCUGAUUUGGAGAGUCGGACACAAAUAUUCAAAAUUCACACAAGAACGAUGAAUUGUGAGCGUGACAUUAGAUUUGAGCUUUUAGCCAGGCUGUGUCCUAAUUCCACUGGAGCUGACAUAAGAAGCGUGUGCACAGAGGCUGGAAUGUAUGCCAUUCGGGCUCGGAGAAAAACUGUGACAGAGAAAGACUUCCUUGAUGCUGUGAACAAAGUGAUCAAAGGUUAUCAAAAGUUCAGUGCAACUCCCAAAUACAUGGUUUACAAUUAACCAGGUUCUCCUAAAGACAUGUUCUACAUUCAAACCAAAACAUUUAUACAUUUUUCAAUGUAUUGGAAUAGAUAUUCAAUGCUGUUUCUUUUUAUGAAUUUGAGUUGCUUUAAUGUGGAUUUUACACUUCCCUAUAUAUACACUAAUGUUCAAUAUAUAGACAUUGAUUUUUACUUUACUAAAA